AUGUCAACCACGAUUUGUGAAACUGCAUACGGAACCUUACGUGGAACAUUAUAUCCAAACCAUGUAGCAUUCCUCGGAAUACCAUUUGCUCAACCUCCUGUAAACGAAUUGAGGUUUAGAGCACCGCGUAAGCCCAAAUCAUGGAAUGGUAUUCGAGACGCAACAAAAUAUGGUAGUGUUGCACCUCAGGUUAUUCAGAAUCCUGAGCGGGCUCCCGUGUUUACUAAUCCGAGAGCUGAUGAAGUCAUGUCUGAAGACUGCCUCUAUCUGAAUGUUUGGGCACCAAAAGCUGCAUUGGGAGGUCAAGAGAAACUACCAGUGAUGGUUUACAUACACGGUGUGUAUCUCAUUGUCUUGCACCCAUUAUUCCUACCUUUAAAACCAACAAUUCUUCCAACGGAAGGUGGUGGGCUACGAAUCGGAUCAGGCUCACAAUCAUUAUUCGAUGGAGGCGAGCUCGUACAAACAGCUCCAGUCAUAAUCGUGACCUUCAAUUACCGGAUGGGCUAUUUCGGCUGGAUGGCAUCGGAAGAAUUGCGCGACAAUUCACCAGAAACUGUCGCUGAAGGGUUUGGUGGACAUGCGAAUCCAGGACUGUUGGAUAUGAGAGCAGCGUUUUUGUGGGUCAAGGAGAACAUUGCAUACUUCGGAGGUGAUCCAGAUAGAGUUACUAGCUUUGGAGAAAGUGCCGGUGGCAUGCUCCAAACAUAUUUAAUAUCCUGCUUCCCAAACGACAGUUUAUUCCGAUACUCUAUACUGCAAUCAGGCUCAGCUCUCGCACCAUGGGACAUGGCUCCAUUCUCACAGGACGUAUUUGAUCAAGUCUGUGCAAAAUGUAGUCUACCAAAGCACUUGUCUGGGUCUGCUAAAGUAGAUGCGCUACGAGCUGUACCAGCAUCCGAUAUAAUGAAGGCUUUCACCGAGAUCUUUUACAACGGGCCUAUGAGAACUCGACCUGUAAUCGACGGAGUCGUAGUGAGGGAACAUCCAUUGAAGGCUAUUAGGAAUGGUCGCUGUAUGAAACUAGAUGGUGCCAUAUUAGGCUACGUUACCGACGAAGGAUCGUUUAGAGGGCAGCAAUUCUCGAAACGGGAAGACUAUGAAGCAUUUGUCAAACACGUAUGGCCUGGGUCUUUGAGUCAACGUAUACUCAAACAGUACCCCUUCAAUGAAGCUAUCCCAUACAAGGCCGGAUCUGAACUGAUGACCGACGUGGAGUUCGUUGCUGGAGCAUAUGCCACAGCUAAUGAGUUAAUCUCCCAAAAGGUGCCAGUGUAUAUGUAUAGAUGGGACGUCGCUCCUGAGAUGACGAAAGAAUGGAAUGCACGAGUACAUCAUGGUGCUGAACUCUUGUUUACGUUUAAUCAAAAGAGGUAUUUGAUGACACCUAACGAGUUGAGGUUGGGAGCUCUGGCUUCGAAAGCUUGGAUAUCGUUUGCUACGACUGGAAGUCCGGCUGGAUUCCAUGGUUGGCCUCAAUAUAAAGGCGAUGGUGGAGCAGUUGUUGUAUUUACCCCCGGUGGUAUUGAGGUUGGUGAUGAUCGAUGGCAUCAGGAGGGCAUCAAGUUCUGGAGGAAAAAUGAAUUUGAAGCUGAUGCUGCAGGAGACCAACACCAUAAGCUUUAA